UGCCCGUGACGUGCUCAGUUUUCAACUCUGGCCAACUCUGGCCCAGCAACGAGUUGGUGCCCGAAACAGCCCCAGUUUUUGGAGCCCGGAGCCGCAGCUCCGCUGGUGGAAAGACAAAAAACCGGUGCCAGGUCGGGCACUGGCUCCGACUCCAAACGGACUCCACCCCGAUGGAAAACCCCUAUAAAUGGACUCUAGAACCAGGUACUGAGGAGCUGAGGGAAUGCUGUUCUUUAGAACACAUUCAUCUUUAAGAUCAUUUUGCUUUUUUCAGGUCACGUAUCUAAAUCAUAAAGUGAUUCUUGUUAUGUAAAAAGCAUAAAUAAAGAGCUAUUCUUUUAUAAAGUGAUGAAUUUUAUGAGUUAUACUAAAAGCCUGGAGACAGUUUGUUUUCGUUUCCUGUUGUAAUGCACCGUGUGGCCGCUGGAGGUCAGUGCUGCGGACAGAGGGUGAGCAGCAGCCGGGUGGAGGCGAGCUGUUCUGGGGAGAAGAAGAAGAAGACUGGCUAACGUUUGCUAGCAGAUGAUUCUGAAAAUGUUCCGUUCUGGAUGUUUUCUGGUGUUUUUCCUCAUCUAACGGAGUCCGACCUCAUCCUAAACCCCCUCUGCAGACACUGUAGAGACUCCGGCUGGAAACAAGCCCCGCUGUGUGGAGUUGUUGUGUUUUAGGGACCAGUUUUCUGUGUGUUUCUGUGUUUAUCUCCUCAGUCAGCUGUCCUCCUCAUCACCAGGGAGGACUGUGGAACCAGCAUCCAUGGCAGCUCCUGUCAACAUCCAGACCCCUAGUAAGACCUGGGAACUGAGUCUGUACGAGCUGCACAGGAGCCCCCAGGAGGCCAUCAUUGACGGCACGGAGGUGGCGGUGUCUCCUCGGUCCCUCCACAGUGAGCUCAUGUGUCCCAUCUGUCUGGACAUGCUGAAGAACACCAUGACCACCAAGGAGUGUCUCCAUCGGUUCUGCUCCGAAUGCAUCGUCACUGCUCUGAGAUCAGGGAACAAGGAGUGUCCGACUUGCAGGAAGAAGCUGGUCUCCAGACGUUCUCUACGCAGAGACGCAAACUUCGACGCUCUGAUCUCCAAGAUCUACCCGAGCCGAGACGAGUACGAAGCCCACCAGCGCCGAGUCCUGGACAGGCUCAACAGACUCCACAACAAGGAGGCCCUGAGCUCCAGCAUCGAGGAGGGUCUGCGCCAGCAGGCCCGUUACAGGAACCACCGGGUGAAGAAGCCCACCCAGGAGAGUGAUAACACCACCUUCAGCGGUGGGGAGGAUAACGGAGACUCCCGCUCACACCUGUCCCAUGACUCCGCCCCCUCACACGCCCCCCACCCCCGGGACCAGAUGCCCCCCGAGGCCGGGCCGAGCCGGAAGCGUCCCCGCGGCUCCGAGGAUGGAUCGGGGCCCGAGGGGGACAGCGGGAGUCCCACUCCUCCUCUGAGACGCCACAAAGAAGGACCGGGAUCUGAGAUAGAGCUGGUGUUCAGACCUCAUCCACAGCUGGUCCAGGACCAGGACUACAGCCAGACCAGGUACGUGAAGACGACGGCCAACGCCACCGUGGAUCACCUGUCCAAAUACCUGGCGCUGAGAAUCGCUCUGGAGGAGCGACGGAGCGAUGGAGAAGUGGAGGACAGAGGAAGGGAGGAAGGAGGAGAAGGAGGGAGCAGUCUGAGCAGCAUCAGUGAGAAACAGUACACCAUCUACAUCCUGACCAGAGGAGGACAGUUCUCUACUCUCAAUGGUUCUCUGACUCUGGAGUUGGUCAAUGACAAAUACUGGAAGGUGAGGAAACCUCUGGAGCUUUACUACGCUCCCACCAAGGACCAGCAGCAGCCACAACAACAACCACCACCACAACAACAACAACAACAGCAACCACCACCACCCCCACCACAGCAGCAGCAGCAGCAGAGAUCUCCUCCCCAGCAGAGGGAUGGAUGAGGAACAUCUCCUUCUGAUGGAGUCUCUUACUGAACCUCCAGACUAAAGUCUUCUCAGCAUGUUUUCAUUUUACUGCCAUUAACUGGACUCACGGAUUCAUGUGUUCAUCUGGAACCUCAGACGUUUACCUGAUGGUUUAAGGAGGAUUUAUCCAGAAAAACAAGCAGAUUUAUGAAAGAAGAGAUGAUUAUAAAAUACAAACCACUAAUGAACAUCUGGUAAACACCAGACACCAUUUGGAACCUUCUGAUGUUUGGUUGUGAUGAGCUGAAGACAUCGGAGGAGUUUGGAGAUCUUUGGAUGAAAUGAAUCCCUUCAGCUGGAUUCUUAUUAUUACUUCUGCUUUAAAAGAGGAAGCUCUGUGUUUAACCUGCAGCUUUCUGGUAAUAAGUUCUGGAUUAUUUUCACCAUUGGUGCCAAAAUACCAAUGUUUGAAGCUUCAGUUCCAGUUUGUCCUCCAGAUACUCACAUUUACUACAAAACUAAAUAAAACAUCAAAAUGUAAGAAACUAAGUGAUGUUUGAAGGAUCCUCCUGGUCAGGAAAAGUCUUUUAAAAUCUAAGUAAUAUUUUGUAGGUUAAAUGCUGGAAUAUAAGCCAUAAGUUUUUAGAUGAAUCAAAUAUCCGUCUCUUCAGGUUCAAUAUUCUCAUCUAGAAAUGUUCAGUUUUCCUUCUGAUCUGUGGCAGAACAUCACGCUUUUAUACAGAGGUGAGGGCAGAAGAUCGUUUACCUGCAGCUUUAAACGUCUUAUUUCAAAUUAAAUCUACCUUCAGUCUAACAGAGACUCGGCUCAGACCAACUGUUCAGGCUGGAACCGGUUCUGUUUCACAGAUGAAUUAUUUCCACGUUUUAUUGUAUACACUUAAACUAAAAAAUGUCACAAAUUCACAAGACUUUCUCGUUUCCAAUGAGAGCCAACUUCUUGUUUCCGACCACAUUUUUGAUUGUGUUGAUCCACAUUUCAGCAUUAUUAUUGUUGUUAUUAUUUUUAUUAUUAUUAUUAAUAAUAUUCCCUUCCACAAACAGCCUCCCAUUAAUUAAAGCCAGACCAGGUAAAUGUGUGAUUAUAUUUGCGUAUUUUUGAUCUUUUAUUGCUUGAAAACUUUAAAUUUCAUCCUUUUUUCCAACAAGAUCUUCAAAAACGGAACAAUCUGAACAAAGCCAUACGUGUUGCUCAGUUUCUGCUCUUAAAGUUUAGUUUUCUUUGUUCUGCAUUUAAUGUCUGAAUCUAUUUAUGAAAUCUUUGUCUAAUUUAAUUUCUGUCUUCAGGACUGAAGCUGUUUCCCCCUGAGUAGAAUAACGCUGCAUUAGUGUUUGGACCAGUUAGAAGCAGUUUACCAGUUUGGAUUGGAGAGAAUUUGUAUUUUUAGAGGCAGGGAUGACGGUGUGGGUGUUUCCUAGAAUUGUAGGAGUCCGUUCGGGUCUCAUUUCCUUCAGAACCUGAACCUUUCUGCUGGAUUUUGCUCCGUAUUUUAAACUUGUAGCUGAACCGUUCCUCCCGUUUUCCCUUUAAUGGAACUCCACCUACUGCCGUUUUUUAUUUAACAUGUUUUCAUGGAACCUACAUUCACUGGGUUUUCCUUAUUUAAUGUGUUCUUGUCUUUUCUCUCCAGUUCUUCUGCACUUUAUAUUCCUGCAGCAGCCAUAUCGUUUCUAUUUACCUCAGUUUAUACAAUGCUUGGAUCAGAAAAAAUGCAGUUUCCUUUCCUGUUGUAUAAUUUGACCUUUUUCUUCUUCUGUCUACAAUUCAGCACAAUAAACUGUUGAACUGAAA